AGAACAAGGGAGUGAUUUUGUGGUGAUUUUGGUUUUAUUUUUGCACUUUUAAUUAACAAUGCACUACUUAUAGAAGAUCAUCGGUCAUUAAUAGUAGAAUACAUCAAUGGUGAUAGCAAUGAGAUAUAUUAGCAGGAAGAUCUUCUUCAAUUUUCAUUGAUCUACAGUUCUCCUGAAAGACUUUCAAUCAAAAGAGCAGCAGCCUAGCUCUUUGGACUACCAUAAGAUCCUACAGCUGAUAAAAAGAACUUCACUUCACUGGAGAUAAGAAAUCCUAACUGGAUAGCAUUUCUCAAUUAGUCUUCCUGGAUUGUGCCAAUAUUCUUCUCUAAGUUUUGGAUCUCCACUGAUACGGUAAGGACAAAAUAUGUUGGUUUUUAAUAUAUUUUGAAUUUUCAUGUACUUGUGUAAAAGAAAAUUGUGAUAAAAAUAAUCUGUUUCCUGUGGGUUCUACUUGGUAAAAUGUCUAAACUGUGAUGACUUCAAAUAGACUCUCAGUAUCACCAUAGACAAAAAGAAUUAAAUAUAGACUGUCAGCCAUGCAGUGGUUACCAUGGAUAUCAUAGGUUCUGGCGCACACCGCUGGGAGUGCCGUGUAGUUACGUAGCGCGUAGGCCGCAACUACAUGGCGCUACCAGCGGUGUGCGCCAGAACCUAUGGUAACCGCAGCACAGCUGACGGUCUUUGGUAUCAUUGAGGUUUAUUUAAGAACUACGAUUAGGCCCCCAAAUCACAUUUUUCACUCUUCCUGCCCUGUUUGUAAAUUUAAUUUAAUGUUUGCUUUUAAUUUGUAUUGGGGUUUGUCUGACUUAUCUUGAUCCAUGUUACUUCAUUUGUCAAGUCAUGAUUUCAAAACCUGUCUGUCUUUAUUGAUUCAUUUUGUGAGUCUCAGCAAAAGCAAAUCUUUCAUUGUGUGUGUGGGAAAUUUUGUAACACUAUCUAUAGUCCUCGACACCUUAACUUGAUGAGGCAGCCCAAACUGACCUGCAGGACCAUUACCCGCGUGACCCUUUUACAAUCUUAUUAGCGACUGUCCUAGUUCAAUAAAACGAUAAUCUAAUGUAUUAAUUUACUAGUUUAAGUUAGUGACAUUGAUUAAACAAACAUUUCUGUUUGUGUUCCAUCCAAAUCGGACAAUGUUUACAGUUUAUUCUUAUGUUACCCUUGAUACUUUGUUUAUAGCUCAAAAACCGUAAAAACUGUCUGUUUUAGACAGGAUAGAAAUAGAAAUGUGUGUUAAAUUUAUGUUAUUAAUGUAAACGAGUAAAUUAAUAUAUCAGAUUAUACUUUUAUUAAUUAUUGAACUAGGACGUUCACAGAAGCGUUGCUAAUAGGAUUGUAAAAGGGGCGUGUGUUGCCAGCUGUUAAUGGCCCUGCAGGUCAGUUUGGGCUGCCCCAAGUUAAGGUGGCGAGGACUUGUUUAUUUAUCUAAUAAUGUUACUUUGAUCACAUCACACAUGCCUUACAUCAGCAUAUAAAACCUAAAAAUCUUAUGUUCAACCAACAGCAAGUUGAUUAAAUUUUUUUAACAUUUCAACAAAUUUAACUUUUUAUUACCCCUUAGGAGAACACCUUCCGAUUUUUCCAAUUUGUUUUUUGGGUCUGUUGCCAAAGGGCUUACAUAAAAAAUAAAACUAUGAAACAAUUAAAAUUGUGUAUGACGGCUUUUAAAAAUACAUAUUUUUAGUUGUUAAAAAUGUAUGGCCAAACAGCAUUCAUUACAGAAUCCUCCUUAAUUUUUUAAUGAUAAAAGCAAUUUUUUUAUUUCUUCAUGGUUUUGCCUCGUAAAACAGUCUUUAUGUAUGGGUUUUUUUAUUAUUACUUGGCAUGAUUGAAUUUUCAUUAUUGUUAUUCUUGUAUUUGAAAAGACCAAAAGUAUGUUAUUCAUAGUAUACUAACAUAUUUUCCCAUUGUAAGAUGACAAUCCAUCAUAGGAAAAUAUAAGAUAUAAUUUGAUUCACAAUAGUGCCUGAAUGGUACUCAUUAUUCUAUUCCCAUCCAGUAAACUAGUCUGUCUGUCUGUUUGCACAAGUUUCAUCUAAGUUCACAUGGUCUUUGACCAUUUUCAAAUUCCUUUAUACAAAUUAAGGUUCAGAUAGUUUGUCCACUUACUAUAGGGUUGAAAGAAAUCCGCCACCAUUCCAUCAUUUUUCUUAUUAUGGUUUUUCUGCCAAAACAUGAUACCCGUAAUUCAGUUGGUGCAAUUUUAGUCUGCACACAACAUUACCCGUAUUUUAAUGGUUGUUUCUUUGAUUUUGUUAAUUGUGUAAUUAUUUUCAGGUGUAUUUAGAAGCUAUUUUUUAAAUUGUAUGGAGGGUUAAUGAUUUUUUCAGCUUUACCAAAGAUGGAGUUUUAAAAGCUACCUGUCAGCUGUGUUUAAUUGUGUUGUAUAUGGUAUUUUUUUCUAUGUGUAGCCCCAGAGGGCAGAUAUGGACUGGACUGGUUACCAAAUGCAAUUAUAAUUUAUCUGUCAUUUAAAUGCAAUUGACUAAUUGGUUUUUGAUUAUGUUGGUUAUUAUGAACAUUAGAUUGGCAUGGACCGGAGAGGCUUCGAUGGUGGCAGCGCCUACUACCAGAGGUCCGAUAACCCUGAAGAGUAUUCCAGACAACGGGACUCGGGCAUGUCUCGAGAUUGGGAAAGUAGGGGCGGGAGAGAAAGAGAUUCCUGGGAAAAUUCUGUAAACAGGUUCCUUGACAAUGAAGAAAGGCGUCCGCGUGAUAGAAGAUCAAGAAGUAGGUCAAGGGAAAGGGAUCGUGGUCGUGAUAGGAGACGUUCAAGUUCUAGGGAAAGACGGGGCUAUAGGGGUUCUCCAGGAAGAGGGUGGGAUGAUGAGAAGUUGAGAAAAAAUUGGAAUGAUGAGGAAACACGAGGCAGGGGUUUCAGGGGAGAUAGGAGGAAUUGGGAUGAUGAAUCUGGAAAGGACAGGGAUUUCAGUAACAGGGAAUGGAGUAGCACUCAAGGGGGUAGUCAAAAAGAUGAUUGGUUGGAAAAGGUUUGGGGAAAAUCAGAUGGAUAUGAGAGUAGUAAUUCUUCUUGGAACAACGAUUUAUCAGAUUUAAGAAAUGAUUGGCCAGAACUACCAGCUGGUGUUCAACCUAUGCAAAACAGAACUAUAAUCAUUAGAGGUCUGGCUCAACAUAUAACUGAAAAUGAUAUUAGACAAGAAAUUGCCAAAUGUGGUCUUGACCCAUCAGAUAUUCGCAUGAUCAGAAGAAAAAAUGGCACCUCUAGAGGAUUUGCAUUUGUUGAGUUUGCUUCUACAGAAGAGGCUGUAAAAUGUAUGGAGUUAAAAAAUGGAGAAUUGAUGCUAAACAACCACUACAGAGCUAUCAUGCAGUUUAGUCUACCUAAAGAUACUCGAUUACAUUAUUAUAGUGAUUGGCAUUGCAAGUGCUCAGCACACAAUUUCAAGAGACGAGAUAUUUGUUAUAAAUGUGGGUGCACUAGAGAAGAUGCUAUUGCUGAUGAAGUUAGUGCAUACCCUACCAACACAGUUCUUCUUCGAGGAUUAGACACUUUGACAACUGAGGCAAACGUACUUGAAGCAAUUCAAGUACUCUCCAAUCUUCCUAUAAAAAGUGUCCGUAUUGGAAGGGAUCCAGUUACUAGUACAUCUUUAGGAGUCUGUUAUAUUGAAAUGAACUAUGUCAUGGAUGCUACAUUUCUACAUAAUGCACUUUUAAUGGCAUCACCUGAAAUUGAUGGAAAAACUCCAUUAGUUUCAUACUACAAAUCAGACACAGCUUCUCAGAGUGCCAUCAUUCAGGCAUCUAAGGCAGGAAAUUCAGCAGUUGAAGCUGCUCAGUGGAGUCAUCAGAAGACUGGGGAAAUGAGUCAGUAUACUCUGAAAGAUGUAAGUCGCCUAGCUGAGUACAGUGCAAAUUUGUAUGCAAAGACUCCUGAAGAGAAAAAUACCUAUUUAACAUAUUAUCAGCAGUACUAUCACAAAUUGAUUUCAGAAGGAGGUCAGAUCUCAUUGCCUUCAGAUUCUUCUGCAGAAAACCUAGCAAAACCAGCUGCUAGUAGCACAUCAAGCACAGCCCCACUGACAGAGGCUCCUGAUGGGUCAGGGUCUAGGACUUACUGUAUUCCUGAUGUCAGCACCUAUCAGUACGAUAAAACCUCAGGUUAUUACUAUGACCCUUAUACAACUCUUUACUAUGAUGCUAAUUCCCAGUACUACUAUAAUUCAAAGUUAGCAAAAUUUUUGUACUGGGAUUCCAAUAGAAAUACUUUUAUGCCGGCACCAACUGCUGCUACUACCUCAGGUGCUAUGGCAUCUAUUGCUAGUGCUGCUGGAAUUUCUGACGCUCUAGAAAAUGGAGAUCUUAAAGAUGAUGACAAGAAAAUAAAAGACAAAACUAGUGAUAAAGACAAGGUAAAAGUUGCUAAAAGAAUUGCUAAAGAUAUGGAAAAGUGGGCAAAGACUUUGAAUCAUAAAAAAGAAAUUGCCAAACAAAACCUGGUUGCACAGCAGUCUGUGAACACUGCUUCUCUUAGAACCCAAGGAGCUGCAGACAUAGGUUUUGCUGUACUCGAAAGAAAAGAUGUAACUAUCCCCAGUGGAAUGUCAGUAACUUCAUCACCGCCAAAAACCCAACAGCAACAAGACAGCCUGGUUGCUGCAUAUGGUAAUGGCAGUGACAGUGAAGAAGAGCCAGAAGAGACUGUUGAAGGUGAGGAAAAACAACAUGUCGAUUGGUCAAAACUGGCUUGUCUAUUGUGCAAGAGACAGUUCCCUAGCAAAGAUAUCCUGGUCAAACACACCCAGCUGUCAGACUUGCAUAAGCAGAAUCUGAACAAAUGGUACAAGUCGAGAGGUUUGGACCCUGACGAUGCGCAGAAAAGAACAAUGCAAUACAGAGAUAGGGCAAAAGAGAGAAGGUUAAAAUAUGGAGAGCCAGACAAACCACAGCCUAACAAAUUAAAAGAGACUUACAUUAAAUCAAAGGAAGCGACAAUCAGUUACGAAGAGCCAACCAAAAUGGGUAUUGGAUCCGACAACUUGGGAAAUAAGCUUCUGCAAAAAAUGGGGUGGCAAGAAGGCAUGGGUCUUGGUAAGAAGAACCAAGGAAGGACGACGAUUAUUGAAGCGGAAAGAAGAUCAGCAACUGCAGGGUUGGGUACAAAAACUACUGGCGUAGUGCCAGGCCCAGGAGAAACUUAUAAGGACUGUGUGAGGAAAAUGAUGUAUAUUAGGUAUCAAGAAAUAGAAGAGAAUCAAGGUUAGGUCUGUUAGUAGAAUAUUUGACAUAAUAUUGACAGUACAAAUAUUUACCUUAUAUGCUAUGAAAUGUAAUUUUAAUACAAAUGAAAGUUAUCAUGUUUUAAUGUUUGUAAAUUUUUCAUAUUUUUAUAUCAAACUUUGAAUAUUUAAAUAACAUACUCAUUUGUAAAUAUUUAAGCGGUUUUUACUCUCAAGGGCCGUUUUAUGUGCAUGUUUUGUGGUGUAUAUAUAUGUGGUGAUGAAUUCAAAGAGUGGGACUGUAAUUUUCACUAUAUAGAAAAACAUAUUAUUUAUUGCAUUAUUAUUUGUACUAUGUGCAAUCCAACUCUUACUCUGAAUGAAUUGCCAGUAUUUGAAAUGCCUAUGAAACACACAUAGAAAUGUCCUCGUACAGUAAAAUAUUAAAAAUCUAUAUAAUUCAUUUGCUUCAUUAAUUUAUUUGUAUGUCGUAACAUACAGGAUUAUGUUUUAUCUAUGGCAUGCAACAUAAUAUAUUUAUUAUUUGUGUCAAUAAAUCAAUUGGUUAUUUUCUUAGUUCAGUACUAAAGUCUCAGUGUUAAAAAAAAGUGCACUAUAAAUGAAAAUUUAACUCAGAAAACACUUGCGAAGAUGCUUAUGCAAAUAUAAAAGAUAGUGAUUUUUUUCCUAACUUUUUUGCAUUUUACAAUUUGUAAAUAAUUUGUUGUAAAUAAAAUAUGUACAGUUUUAUAUGUUUUGUUUUUUGCAUUGUUAAAGCGUUGUAAUUUUUUAUUUGCUCUAAUAAAGACUGUUGUCAAAA